CUUUGUUCUGAUUGGGAAGCCCCGGACAAAAGCUUUGGGACGAAACGAAUAGAAGCAAACAUCCUCUGGUCCGAGGUUCAUCUGGUUAAUCUGGUACUCACUUCCGAGGCGCCGUUUCCUGUUUGAGCACAUCUGCACACAACGCAGACAAAGACAGAACAAAACAGAUCAGCCCUUUUUUUUCGUCUCUCUCCCUCUCUCUUACUUCUGCACGUUGGUUGCGGCAAUGCAGUUUUUAGCUUCGACAUCCAUAGAUCCAAUACUUACAAUUCGCUGCAGGGUUUUGAGCUGAAGGGAAGGGGAAAAGGCCUCACACGUGGCAAUUGUCUUUGCCUUUAACCAACCACCACCACGAUAGAGCACGGGAUACAGUCAACAACCACCUGAUGACCUAACGCCCAUAUUUGAUAACUGGUAUGUGUGUUUGUUACCUUGUAUCCAACUAGGUUUUUGUCGUGAUUGUCUUUUUUUUUUUUUUUUUUCCUUUUUUUUUGAACCCAUUCAUCCUUCCGGCUCUCAAAGUGUCCACUUUGUCUGUCUUGUCUACGUGCCCCAUGUACCUGCCCAACAUUAGCUCCAGAAACGCUACUAGGCCAAUUCUGCAUUUUGCACCCGUACUCACCCCACGCCGGGCCUACGGAGGCUUGAGGAGAUACACCCUAAAACAGCAGGCCCGUUUGGUCCAAGGAAUGGAAAGAUGACAAGACGUCUUGGGAUUAAUUGGGACCUUGCAUGUCACAAGUCAACCUGCCUAUAUUCCCCCUACUAAUCACUUUACCUAUCUACCUUACGCGCGCAUACGUCCAGCUGCCUACCUUACCCUACCACAUGCCACACCCAGUCAGAAACAAUAAAAAGACAGCCCCCAAGUUCAGCCUCCUAUCGUCUAGUUGAUGAUUCCGGCUCUUCGAAUCCCCACCCCCAUCUUACACUAAGAACCCACCUAAGUAUUUGUAUUCUCCAUUGUUCCCGAGGUGUCAAGCUUUAACACCCCGGCUAGUGUAGCUUUCCUCCACACUGCCGAGCUCAAAUCUCCUUGGCUGGCCUUGUGUUCCCUCGGCGCACUGCCUGAAUAUCUAUACCCUGUUCCAUUUCUUAGCGGCCCUUAAUUUGUACAUCUUUCCACUCUUCCGGCAUAAAGAUCUAUGCACCCCUGAACCCUUCCAUUCAUACAUAAGGUACCUACCUACCUACCUAGGUACUUAUCUAGGUACCUACCUAUGUCAUUAAUUUCUGGGCAACCUCUCUCGACCAUGUGAAAGACCGGCAUCGCGGCUCGUCUACAACCACAACCCUCUCAUAUCCACUACGGUCAGCGACCAUACUACAUUUGCACUUCCUUGUGGUAUGCCGGCCUAUUACCCUUACGACUGCCACUACUUUUUUCCGCAGUGCCUUUCGUGGCCUCAACAUAAACACCCGCGUCUCGUCCCUGUACUCGUAGUCACCUACCAUCACAUCUACUAACGACAGACGACAAUCAUGCCCAGCCAAGUUCGCAUAUUCACUCCACCGAAGCCGUUGGGCGAGACUCUGGCUGAGCCGGAUCAAGACCCAGUCAAGGCACAGCAGCCGCUUCCAAGGCGGCAGCUGAAAUCUAUGUCCAAGAAUCACGGCGGGAUACCCGAGGAAGGGGGUAUCACUUUCGCCGCCCAGGAUUCUCUGCCGAAGCUUCCUAUCCCGGAUCUGGAGCGCACCUGCGAAAAGUACCUUGCUGCUCUGAAGCCAUUACAGUCGCCCAGGGAGCAUGGCGAAACCCAGAAUGCUGUACAAGAAUUUUUAAAGCACGACGGCCCAGAGCUACAGGAGAAGCUGAAGAAGUAUGCAGAGGGCCAGACGAGCUACAUAGAGCAGUUUUGGUACGACUCGUACCUGAAUUUUGAUAAUCCUGUGGUUCUCAAUCUUAAUCCCUUCUUCCUACUUGAGGAUGAUCCAACUCCUGCUCGAAACAACCAGGUCACUCGUGCCGCUUCGCUUGUGGUCUCAGCACUCGAAUUUGUUCGUGCUGUGAGGAAGGAGGAGCUCCCACCUGACAAGGUGAAAAACACGCCGCUAUGCAUGUAUCAGUACUCCCGCCUCUUUGGAACCGCUCGGGUGCCCACCGAGAACGGCUGCCAGAUCGAGCAAGAUCCCCACUCGAAACAUAUAGUAGUCAUGGCACAUGGACAGUUCUAUUGGUUCGACGCCCUUGACGACAAUUCGGACGUUAUCAUGACGGAGAAGGACAUCUCCAUCAACCUUCAGACCAUUGUUGACGACGCCAGCCUUACUCCCAUACAGGAGGCAGCCAAGGGCGCCCUUGGUGUUCUGAGCACAGAGAACCGUAAGGUUUGGUCAGGGCUUAGGGAUAUAUUGACCCGCGAUGAAGGUUCCAAUAACGCCGACUGUCUCGGUAUUAUUGAUUCGGCUCUCUUUAUCCUAUGCCUCGACUACACCGAGCCCGCGACGGCGGCAGAACUCUGCCAGAACAUGUUGUGCGGCACGAGCGAGAUCGAGAAGGGCGUACAAAUUGGAACAUGCACGAACCGAUGGUACGAUAAACUGCAAAUAAUCGUCUGUAAGAACGGCAGCGCAGGAAUCAACUUUGAACAUACCGGCGUUGAUGGGCACACAGUUCUCAGAUUUGCCAGCGACGUCUACACCGACACGAUUCUUCGCUUCGCCCGAACUAUCAAUGGCCACUCGCCUACUCUUUGGGCGUCAACGAGUCCGGACCCUUCCAAGAGGGAUCCCGAGAGCUUUGGAGAUGUCAUCCCCACCCCACACAAACUGGAGUGGGAUCUGGUGCCCGAGGUCAGCAUAGCAGUUCGCUUCGCCGAAACAAGGCUGGCCGACCUGAUCGGUCAAAAUGAGUUUGAGUGCCUCGACUUCUCGGCCUAUGGCAAGAAUUUCAUCACCUCGAUGGGCUUUUCUCCCGACGCAUUUGUCCAGAUGGCUUACCAAGCUGCCUACUACGGUCUUUACGGACGCGCAGAGUGCACUUACGAGCCCGCCAUGACCAAGUUCUUUCUCCACGGCCGGACAGAGGCCGUUCGGUCCGUCACGGAUGAGUCUAUCAACUUUAUACAGACCUUUUGGGCAGACAACCCCGCAGAAGCCAAAGUCGAGGCGCUGCGGACAGCUUGCAAGAAGCACGUGAAUAUGACGAAAGACUGCGCCAAGGGUCAGGGUUGCGACAGACAUUUGUACGCACUUUUCUGCCUCUGGCAGCGAUUGGUGGACGAAGAUGUCGGCACCAUGACAAACGGGUACUCGAGCGGAAUGAGCGAUAACGAAGGUGCCGUUUCAGAGAGGUCGGGGUCCCCUGCUGCUGCCACCACCGCUGGGGAGAAGGGAAAGGAGAACGGCGAGGGGCUGAGGUCAAGGGGUGAAAGCACCUCGUCAUCGCAACGAUCCCUUAAACACGCAACGCUGCCACUCAUCUUUGCCGACCCAGGCUGGGACAAGCUCAACACGACGAUCUUGUCCACAUCCAACUGCGGCAACCCCUCCCUCCGCCAGUUCGGCUUCGGCCCUGUCUCGGGCGACGGCUUUGGCAUAGGCUACAUCAUCAAGGACGAGCGCAUCUCGAUGUGCGUGGCGAGCAAGCACCGGCAGACCAAGCGCUUCGUCGACGCCCUCGAGAGCUACCUGCUCGAGAUUCGCCGCAUCCUCCGCCUCGCCAGCCGCAGGGCCGCCUCUUCAGCCGCCGACGGGGCCCCAUUGGCCGGCAGCAUCGCCGAGGCUAGGCAGCAGACGACGCGAGCCCGCGAGGUCGACGACGAAAAGCGCCAGCACUACCGUCGCCCCUCGCAGCAGCCCAACAGGCUCAAGUCCAGGGGCAGGAUGAUUGCCGGCCCGGGACUGGAGGGGCUGAUGCGCUCCAAGUCGUCGGUCACGGGCACGACGUCGCCCACUACGGAGAGCGUAGCUAUGAGUGAGGAUGACGAGCUGGGUGGCUACGGCUUCUUCGAUGCGGGAAUGCUUCUGCAGGCUCUCAAGGCCCGAAACACCCACUUCGACGUGGGCGAGACGAGAGCGAGUGAGAGGGCGGCAGUGCAGGCGAGGAGAAACAAUGUCGGUAAAAAGUUGCGACUCAUCGACUACUAGGGGAGAUGAAAUACCGGGGCAUUGGGGCUUGCUUUCGGAUGUUUUGAUAUCUUUUCAAUGUCUUGGAUUUCAUUUUACUACUAUAUAGCAAGCGUUCUUCCUUCUUUAGAAAACAAAAAUAAAACACAAGUAUCUAGGAGUUGACUAUAUGAAAAACGAACUGAGACUUUUGCAGCGGCGUACAAGCCAAGACUUUUCAGGAGCAGCAUGUAUGUAUCUUACAACUUCAAGAAGCA